UGUUGUCGUUUGAGGUGAACAACACAUCCGCCAGACACCCUUCUCUGAGAUUACAGCACAUGGUCCCUGGAUUGAUUUAGUCUAAAAACACCCAGUUAUUUGAAAGUAGCUACUUAUUUAUAGAGAUAGUCAAGAAAAGCGCAGAAGGACAGUGGUCGUUGUGCCUGAAUAAGUUACACACAGGCGAAACGAAAGCUUGAAAAUGGACGGUGGCGUGACAGUGAUCACCAAUCCCACAGUGUCGGUGCGGCUGACCAGUACCAUCAGUUCGUUCGAGGUGAAUAAACGAUAUAACAGGGGAAUCACCAUCGCCGAAUUCAAGGGUAAAUUGGAGAUGGUUGUGGGUACCCCGGCCUCCAGCAUGGAACUGCAGCUUUUCAGUACUACUGACAAGUUCAUGCAGAAACUGGAUGACAACGAGGCCCUGCUAGGUUCCUACCCUGUGGAUGAUGACUGCAAAAUUCACGUGAUUGACCGGAGUGGAGCCCAGAGCGGAGAGUUCAGUGAUCUGUCUAAAGUGGAGAAAUUUGAGAUUCCAGACGAGGUCUAUGAGAAGAGGACAGAUUCUGUAAGGUCAUUCAUGAAGAAGCAACGUGUUGGUCGCUUCAAUGAAGAAGAGACGGCUAAAAAGGAGGCCGAGCUUGUAGCUCGUGAGGCCGAGGAGGAGGCUGCUGCUGCUGCCAUUGGCGUCGGCAACCGAUGCCAAGUGCAGGUUGUUGGGCUACCCACCAAGAUUGGCACCGUUAUGUAUGUUGGUACAGUAGAUUUCAAGCCAGGUCAUUGGGUGGGAGUGAAGUAUGAUGAGCCUCUUGGGAAACAUGAUGGCAGUGUGAAGGAGAAGCGAUACUUUGAAUGUGAGAACAAGUACGGUGCGUUUGUCAGGCCCCUGACAGUGACCGUGGGGGACUUCCCAGAGGAAGACUACGGUCUGGACGAGAUGUAGAACUGUAAUGCUGUCACCCAGUCAAAGGGUGUGGGCAGAUGGGUUCAACAUUGACCUCCAGUCCGACUACGAACCCGCGGUGAGGGACAGUGUCAUUGCGAUUAACUUUAUUUUGUUUUGCGCUGGUCAGGGAGGUAUGGGUUAGACUACAGAGAGCUGCAACUGGGUAAGGAGGCAGUAUCACCUAGGACCAAAUCUAGCGUAGGUGUUUGAUAUCAGAAUAGAAAUUCAGUGCAGAACGUGAGUAAACCGUCAUGGGAGGAUCUAACCUAGUCAAUGUUUCAUGUGAACUCUGUCGGAGGGUAUGAAGUGGUCCUCUUAUGCAUCACCUUCCCUUCAGAAGUACCCACUGCCCCCACUCAAUUACACUGCUCAGUGAUGAGUUGUUCCAAGAUGGAAGAUGACUACUAAUAUUCUUCACUAGCAUUCUAUAUCAGAGCAGACUUUUGGGUUCCAAAUAAAAUUCAAGUUUUUUUUCAAUCUCUACAUGUACGAUUGUACAGUGCAUUCAGAAAGUAUUCAGACUCCUUGACUUUUUCAUCCUUUACAGCCUUAUUCUAAAAUGGAUUUAAUAAAACAUUUUCCUCAACAAUCUACACACAAUACCCCAUAAUGAUGAGGCAAAAACAGGUCUUUAGAAAUGUUUGCAAAUUUAUUGAACAGAAAUACCUUGUUUACAUAAGUAAUUUCACAGUCGUUUUGAAAGUGGCGCUCCUGAGUCAAAACUGGUCCCUGUCUUUCGUGUACUGUCAUUAAUUUUGUGUGAUAUGAUAUGAAUUUGGCAAUUUGUAUGUGUAUUUUGAAAUUCAUGUUACAAAUCCAAUUUGUGCCAUAUUUUACAAAUUUGUUGUUUAAAAUCCAGGACUGCAUCUUUAAAUGUUUUUUGUGUGGAAUUUACUGUAUAUUGAAUGGGGAGAGUUGUGAAACGCUCUCGAAUUAAAGUACAGUCUUUGAUGCCUUGUUACAACUACAUUGUUGGAUGUAUUUAAUGUAAAUGAUAACCCGGUGGUCCUACUAGUUCAUUUGAUCCAGUGGCUGUAGAAUGCAAGCGUUCCUAAAUUGAUGUCCUCAGAAUUUUGAGUUGAACCUGAAUUGUCCAUCACAUCCUAGAUUCUAUAUGAAUAAUAGGCAGUUAUAAAAAGCGUCACAAUGUGAAUCAGAUGUCAAUUAUCAGGCCAUGGUUCUGUUAAACUUCAUAAAAUAAAUCCCAUGCUUUGGAAUGCAAGAAUUCACACAACAAAAUAUCUAGUUGUACUGACUAGUGACAGUUUAUUUGAAUAUCUGUUAGUUCAACGGUUAUUGUACCAUCAAGCCCUUUGUGUGUCAUGUCCCUGUUCUAGAUUCUGGAAAAUGUUAAACUGCUUCUAACGCUCCAACACUUCAAAUGUCUGAACGCCAGUUAUGCACAUAGAAAGCAUGCAGUUCAGACCUAGAGCUCAGCUGACGACAAGUCACUUUUCAGAUGGAUGACACAUCUUAUCUGUGUUUCUACUGAACUUCAUUGUACUGCUCCUCAUCGCCACUUCAGAGUUUGACUCAUGAAAGCAUGUGAUCUGUCAUUUGUUUUGACGCGCAUAUGAUUGAGCCAGUUUUGGAAGAGAAACUAUGAAUAUAAAAGCAAACGAUUCAUGCAUUCCUUUUUUAUUUGAAUUGUAUUUUUUCCCCCGGAUCUUGUCAGCAACUGACAGGCCCUGAUUGGUCCAUGAAUUGCAAUCUGUUAUGAAAUCACAAAGGUGCUGGUGUUAUUUUUGAUGUGCCAAAGUGUAAUGGUAUCUUAUGCACAAUAAAAUAAAAUAAACAUACCAGCAGA